GCACACCAAUGGCGCGGCCGCGGCCGGCCGCUUCUUUUCCAGUGAUUGGAGGCGCGGGCCACUCCGCUCCACCCCAGCCCGCCAUGGCGUCAGGCGCCGCAGCCCCGGGGAGGAGGUUCCCACUUUAAGAAGUGAAGUUUUUCCUCCCCUCCCCCUCCCUGCCCACCUCCUGUAGCCUCCCGCGCCCCGCAGAGCCGGCGGAUGGAGCUCCGCAGCGGCGGCCUGGGGAACCAGGGGCGGAGGAUGGAUGGGGACAGCCGAGAUGGCGGCGGCGGCGGCAAGGACGCCGCCGGGCCAGAGGACUAUGAGAACCUGCCGACCAGCGCCUCCGUAUCCACCCACAUGACAGCCGGAGCGAUGGCAGGGAUCUUGGAGCACUCGAUCAUGUACCCCAUAGACUCAGUGAAGACACGAAUGCAGAGUUUGAAUCCCGAUCCCAAAGCCCAGUACACAAGUAUCUACGGAGCCCUCAAGAAAAUCAUGCGGACUGAAGGCUUCUGGAGGCCUUUGCGUGGCCUCAAUGUGAUGAUAAUGGGUGCGGGGCCGGCCCAUGCAAUGUAUUUUGCCUGCUAUGAAAACAUGAAAAGGACUUUAAAUGACGUUUUCAACCACCAAGGAAACAGCCACCUAGCCAACGGGAUAGCUGGGAGUAUGGCCACCCUGCUCCACGAUGCGGUAAUGAACCCAGCAGAAGUCGUGAAGCAGCGUCUGCAAAUGUACAACUCACAGCACCGGUCAGCCCUCAGCUGCAUCCGGACAGUGUGGAGGACCGAGGGGUUAGGGGCCUUCUACCGGAGUUACACCACGCAGCUGACCAUGAACAUUCCUUUCCAGUCCAUCCACUUCAUCACCUAUGAGUUCCUGCAGGAGCACGUCAACCCCCACCGGGGAUACAACCCGCAGUCCCAUAUCAUCUCAGGCGGGCUGGCCGGGGCCCUUGCUGCAGCUGCCACCACCCCGCUGGACGUCUGUAAGACCCUGCUCAACACUCAGGAGAACAAGGCGCUCUCCCUGGCUAACGUCAGCGGCCGGCUGUCGGGCAUGGCCAAUGCCUUCCGGACGGUGUACCAGCUCAAUGGCCUGGCUGGCUACUUCAAAGGCAUACAGGCACGUGUUAUCUACCAGAUGCCCUCCACCGCCAUAUCCUGGUCUGUCUAUGAGUUCUUCAAGUACUUCCUCACCAAGCACCAGCUGGAGAAUCGAGCUCCAUACUAAAGGAACAGACUGUGGGAAGUGAUUCCAGAAUCUUUUAUUCUUAAGAGGCUUUCUGUGCCUCUUCCACGUCCUUGCUGUCAUACCUAGAUCAUUUUUUUGCAGGGUGCUACCUAUGGUCCUUUUUCUCCCCUGCUGCCUUAGGGACAGGAGAAGGCAGGAUGGCCGAUCGCCAGGAGGCCGUCCCCAGGGACAUCUGAGGUGGUGGUAGAUGGGAAGGACUUGGGAAGGAGAGUGAGAAAUUGCUUUUUCUCGUCCUCUCCAAGUAGGAAUGUAGCUUCUCUUCUUCACUAUGGCAAUCUUUUUCCCUAGAUCCUUAGAUCACACAGGAGGGAAGAAAAUAAUGCAGUGAGUGGAAACCGUGAAGGAAGAAAAAUUUUUUAUGUAUAUAAAAGUUCCAUUAUGCAAUAUAUAAUAGAUGGAUAAUGUUUAUCCUUUAUUUUUCUACGUAGAAGUUUUUGAAUGUGUGUGUGUGUGCUUGUGCGUGUCUACACAUAGUAUUACAGCUGGGACUCUCAAGCUGUUCUUAACAAAAUGAGAGGGGUUGAAUUUUUCCAUCAGGUUAACUAAAAAGGCACCAAAGUACUAGAUCACUGAAUGUGACCUAAUAACUGUGUUCAGCAGCCCUGCCAUCGCCCCCAUGGAAGUUUCACUUGAAUGUAAAAUAAUAAAUAUGAACUUUGUAUUUUGAAUUUCUCUUUUUAUAGGGGAAAAAGGUACGUUGGAAAAAAAUCAGAAUAAUGAUAUAUUACUUGCAGCUACUUUUUAUUUUAAAUUCAAUCACCUUCCUGUGCCUUUUUUCCCUUAGUCUUUCCUAGAAAUUCCAGAACCGAAAUCUAGCCCUGGCACGUUUUCUCCUGCCGUGUACACACACGCACACAUUGGGUGGCAGGAGCCCUCCUACCAGUAGAAUUAGGAUGACUUGUCUUAGCCUACUGAGACCGUUUCCUCCCCUUGUGGUGAGUGACAUGAAUGUAUGCUUCCCUGGGCCAGCACUUGGAAGCCCUUGAUAGGCCAACAUCUGGCUACUUGCGGGGCAGGUCAUUGGGAUAAAUCCUAGGUCUUACGCCUUUCUUUCUACACGAACCUUUUAACUCAGGCAGUUCAGAUACCUUGGUCUAUGUAUAUCUUGACUAAAUCUCCUAAUCUCCUGUGUUUCCCAGUGCAGUGUGGGGGUUCUUAAAAAAAUAUAUAGCAAGCAUACCUCCAGCAUUUGUCCCCUUGCCCUGUCCCAACCAUUAAUCUCCCUCCCUUGCUGCAUAGUGACAGAAGCCAGGUCCUCCCUCCAGCCAGGGCCCUGCUGCUGAGGCCUGACCUGGUCCCUCAUGCCCAGAGUCAGGAGAUCCUUCCCGGAGCUGUUCUGCAGCCUCGUCACCGAGAACACGGCGCCCCACAGCCUUGUCGUCUGAAAUGGCGUGGACUGAGAUUGUUGCGGAGAGAAAAGACAAGCCUGCGUCCUCUAGCUACGCCAUCUGAUGUGCUGCCAGACCUCUGUCCAGGGAAGAAUGACGAAUCACAGUUUCCUUUUCUGAGCCCUCACCAGAGCCUGUCUUUACAGAUGUGCAGGAAGCACGUGGGUGUUUACGUUUUGGUACACCCGGUCCUGACCUGUUAACUACCAACACAGCGGUCACCGAGGCACAUCUGCCCUAGGAGGCUCAGGCCUGGGCACCUUUGGAUGGUGUUACUUAGCCUAGGAAAGACUCGAGCCGCACAUGGACUAUUUUCAUCUUGGGACGUUGCACACAGUGCUGCCAAGAGUAGUUUCUGUCCUCCCUGCAAUGAGAAGUUUUAUGAUAAACAGUGAAAUAGACUUCCUUUUUCAGAUGAGGGGCAAGAGAGAGCCAUGUUGGGUGCCUCCCACCGGGGCACCUUGAGAAACUCUUUGCUGCCAGGCUGGCCCACCUCGGGGAGGGGAGGGGAUCUCUCCCUUCCUUGCCCAUGAAACCAGCUUCUGUCCCACAUGGAGAUGCAGAAAGCCCCCGGAGAUGGUGCUGCUCCUGAGAAUGUUUACGUCUGCUCUCUAAACCUGCCUUGGGUUAGUGUUCAAUAGUGUUACAUUCUGCAAAUGGAGGAGAAAAAUGUCAAAUUCUGAAGAAGAAUGUAAAUCAAAUUCUAAAAAGAAUUAAAACCCCACUGCUCUUUUUUUUUUUGUCAGCUUUAUUAUGCCACAGAGCUGCGAGAUGUUUUUUAUUUCUCUUAGGAUUUUGCUUUUGGUUGUCUUUAGAAAAGAAACUGGUGACUUCUCUGGAAAUGCUCUCUUGGGUCACUUCCCAAGAAGGAGAGGUGGGGACUGGGUCUCAGAGGCCCGUGGGCAGGAGCACAGGCCCCUCCUUAUGAGAUGAGGGAUGGGUUGGCUGGGGUAACUACCCGCCCUGCCUGCCAGAUCUGGUCUUUAAGAGGUUGAGUAAUGCUUUGAGAGUUGUGGAGCACUAGAAAAAGUGUUCAUUAAUUUUGUAGGAAUCAAUUUUCUCCUCUGUGGGCCUCUAUUUCCAAGGUCUAUGUUGUUACCCUCUGUAGACUGCAGUCUGAUUUUCAGUUGGGACUUUGACAAUGCAAAGUGCUGAGUGGGGAAAUUUCUCCCUGCCCCACACCCCUGCCUAGUGACCCACACAAUAAAAUCCUGGCACAUACUCAGUCAUUUUGAAUGCAACACUCAUACUUCCAUAUGGGAUAUGUGUGUUCGCUCUUCUGCUCAAACCAUGAUUGAUCAGUUUCACCUUUAUUUUAGAAUAAACAAUUGAUUUUUUUUCCAAAUGGGUGACAUCAUCAAUCCAUGACUCUUUUUUUACUUUUAUUUUCUUAUUUAUUUACUUGUUUUAAAGAGGUGGGGUCUCACUAUGUUGGCCAGGCUGGUCUCCAACUUUUGGCCUCAAGGGCUCCUUGCCUCAGUCUUCUGCCUCCAGAGUCGCUGGGAUUACAGGCGAGCCUCCACUAUGCCCUAGGACUAUUUUUUCUUAACGUUCAAUUGAAUCUAGCUAUUUACCUACCGAUAUUCUGUGUGUGUGUUUUUUUUUUUUUAAAUGCUGAUGUCUUAUUUCAAAUAACACCCUCCAAAGUGCCCAUGAGGCUAUAUGUCCAACUCAUUGUUAUGCCAAUAAGGUUUUAUUUAAUUUUAUUUAAGGGUGAUUGUGUCUGUGAACUAUGAAUGUACCGCUGCUUCCUACCUGUGAGACGCACAGUGUAUGUUCUAUGGGUGAGCAAGCAUUAUUUCCUAAAUUUCUCAUAUGCCUGUAGUAAAUAUUGUUCCUGCCUCUCCAUCAUUUGCCAGCUCUUUGAAGACAGGAGAAAUGUGUGUCUGUGUGUGGGGAUUUUCUGACAUGCUGCUACAGUUGUCACACUGGAGCGAGAAAAAAAUAAACCAUUGAUCUU